AUGGGCUCGACCCUCGAAACGGGCCUUGUCCUCGCCCAGCCGACCCCGGCCGAGCGCCUCCGGACGUACGCCUCGACCUACGCCAACUGGGGCACCGCCCUCGAGCUGCAGGACUACGUCCGCCGCGAGGAGUACAUGACCACCGUCCCCGUCAGCCGCAACGGCGGCAUCACCCAGUGGAUCCUCACCGACCCGUCCCGCCCGCCCGACGACCGGCCCAUCCUCUCCUCGUGCGAGAGCAUCCGGAAGCACGUGCUCGUCGCCCGCCCGGAAGGCGGCCCCGUCGUCGACGCCAUCACCCACGCCGUCGGCUCCGUCUUCACCGACCCGGCCCACCGCGGCAACGGCUACGCCUCCAUCAUGAUGACCAUGCUCGGCCCCGCCCUCGCCCGCUGGCAGGGCGCCGAGAUGGCCCAGGGCGAGUCCUGGCGCGACAUCCGCGACGGUGAGGUCGCCUGCUCCGUGCUCUACUCGGACAUUGGCAAGACCUUUUACGCCAAGCACGGCUGGCACCCCUACGAGAGCACCCACCUCGACUUCCCGCCCCUGAAGAAGACCGCCGACGACGACGACAACAACGAUCGCCACCUCCACCACGACCCUCCGCGGCGGCGGGCCGCAUCGCUGGGCUACCACGAGCUGGCCGAGCUGUGUGCCGUCGACGAGCGCCUGCUCCGCGCCAAGCUGGCCGAGAAGAGCGACAAGACGCGCGUGUCGCUGCUGCCGGACAUCGACGCCAUGCUGUGGCACCUGAUGCGCGAGGACUACAUGACGAAGCACAUCUUCGGCAGGACCCCGACCGUCCGCGGCGGCGUCGUCGGGGACCCCGGCUCCCGCGUCUGGGCCGUCUGGACAAGGGGCUACUACGGCGGGCUGAAGAAGCCCGAGGGCAACACGAUGCACAUCCUGCGCCUCGUCGUCGAGGACGAGGCCGGCACCGACGACCGCUCCGUGCAGGAGGCCGUCGAGGCGCUGCUGGCGCUGGCGAGGGCCGAGGCGGCCGAGUGGAGCGUCAACAACGUCGAGAUGUGGAACCCGGCGCCCAGGAUCAGGAGCCUCAUCGAGAAGGCCGGCAUCCCGCACGAGUUCGUCGAGAGGGAGACGGACAGCAUCGCGAGCUUGAUGUGGUACGGCGAGGGGGAAGUCGAGUGGGUGCUCAACGAGAAGUUUGGCUGGUGCUAA